CGUAGACCUGAUUUCUCAGGUGCGCUGAUUACUGAGUUCGAUCUGACGGACCAUGUUACUCAGUCCUUGGUGGAAGCCUAUCACGAGGACCAGUUCAUGUUUGAGGUAAUACGUAGACUUCAGGCAAAGGACAAGAAGACCUCUGCCGAGUUUGAGUUGGUCAAUGGCUUGUUGUUCCUUGAGAAGGCAGGGAAUAAACGAUUGUGUGUUCCCAAUAGCGAGUCUUUGCGUAGUUUGUUUUUAGGCGAGUGUCAUGAUGCCAUCGGCCGUUUUGGGUAUAAGAAGACCGCAACCAACUUGCUGCAGCGGUUGUGGUGGCCCACGAUGAUGCGAGAUGCCCAGCUGUACGUGGAGACUUGUCAAGUUUGUCAACGGGACAAGCCACGUACUCAGGCUCCUCUUGGGCUUCUGAAGCCCCUUCCGAUUCCGGAACGGCCUGGUGAGAGUCUGUCCAUGGAUUUCAUGGAUACUCUGAUCACCAGCAAGAGUGGGAUGCGUCACAUCUUCGUCAUCGUGGAUAGAUUUAGUAAGUAUGCUAGAGUGGACACUAGGGGUGGCAAUAGCACCACUCCCUAUACUAAGGAGCAGGAGGAGGAGGCUGCGAAGAUCUUGGCCGAACAGACGGCUAAGAAGGAGCAGCGGGAGGUUGUGAAGCAAGCCAAGAAGUUGGCCUUGUUGCAGGAGAAAGCCGCAAAAAGAAAGAAGUUGGAGGAGGAGUUGGAAAGGGUCAAGAAGGAGGAAGAAAAGAUGAAAUCAGUGGAUGCAGAAGAAGAAGAAGAAGAGAAAAAGGUGGAAGAAGAAGUGCCCCUGACUAGGAGAAGUAUCAGGGACAGCGGCGAGACGAGUGGCACAAAGAAAAAGGCUACUUGGCUGGAGAAGAAGGUUUCUGAAUGGGUUGCCAAUUUGUCUCUGGGAGAAGAGGAGGAGGUGAUGUUAUAUUUUCCCAGAGAAGAACAGGAGGCGGUAGUCAAGGAAUUGGAAGUUGAGGAAGACCCCCUCAAACGACAGACGAUAGAGGAUGAGAAAGAGUUGGAGUGGAAGCUGCGUCUGACUAGGGAGAGGAAGAAAAACGUGGAGGCGGCGAGUAAGGCGGUGAAGGAACUGGAGGAGGUAAGACAGUUAAGGGUGCAAAUGGAGGCACAGGCGGAGUUGAAAGGAAAAAUAGAGGUGAUGGCGAAGAGUAUAGAGCGCCUAGCGCGGGCUCAGGAGGAGCAGUACCAAUUUGGGAGGAGUCAGGACAUAGCCGUGCGAUCAAUACGAUUGGGGUUUAGAGAGUUUGUGCGCGAAAUGUUGAUGCAUGUGGGCUCAGAAGUACAGGCGAGAUUAGAGAGCACGGAGUGAUUCUGCACCGACGCCAUAGAAGGCACAAAGUUGGUUGCACCCAGAGAGGAAGAAGCUCGCCCCCGUAGAGAGGCGGUUAUGUGAAGUUCCCUGAUUCUUACAGUGGGAAGAAGUAGGAGAACUUCGAUAACUGGGAGGCCAAUGUGAACUCCAAAAGAUAUCUCCUGACGAGCAUAUGCUCAUAGCCUUCCAUGCGCUAGGGGAUGAAGCAGCGAGUUUCGCCCGGUCGCUUUGUCGCGCCACUAAGUGUGAUAACGAUAUGGUUGCCUAUUCUGCAAUCACCCCUCUCAGUGAGUUUUUCAAGUUACUGCGCGAAAGGUUUGCGGAUGUCACACGAAGCGUCAAAGCUUCUAACAAACUGCAGACCAUUCA